AUGCCGUUGCAACCCAGGGACAGACGAGGUGACGUGCAGGUGGACGAGGAGGCAGAGGGGGGGAGGCCUGCAGGAGAGCCAUGCAACUGCAGCGCCGUGGGGAGCGUCGAUGCGGCCUCCUGCCACGGCACGCCAGGACACUGCGUCUGCCUGGAGGGCUACACGGGGCCGCGCUGCGAGAGCUGCGCCCAGGGCUUCCACCCCGACCCCAGCCGGCAGCGGUGCCUGCCCUGUGACUGCAGCCCCACCGGUGCCGUCGGAUCCAGCUGCGAUGACGAUGGGAAAUGCCAGUGUAAAGUUGGCGUGACGGACCUCAAGUGUGACCGGUGCAGUGACGGGUACUACAGGCUCAACGAAACCACCUGCGAGCCCUGCCAGUGCAACAACCACUCCACAGCCUGCGACCGCUUAACAGGCACCUGCCUGCACUGCCAGGGCAACACGGAGGGGACGCACUGCGAGCUCUGCAAGGAGGGCUUCUACCGAAGUGCCCGCGCCUGCCACCGCUGCCCGUGCUCCACCGUGGCGUCGACCGGCACCUGCCGAAUACAGCCUGGUGAAGCCGCCCCAACGUGCGACAAAUGCAAAGCUGGCUACACCGGCCCCAACUGCAACCAGUGCGACAGCGGCUACUACAACUCGGACAGCAUCUGCGUCAGGUGUCAGUGCAACGGGAACGUGGACCCGGCGCUGUCACCCAGCGUCUGCAAGCCGGAGAGCGGGGAGUGCAUCGGCUGCCUGUACCACACCGCUGGCUUCCACUGCCAGGAGUGCGAGGACGGCUACGUCCGAGACCCCGAGGGCACCAACUGCACCCAGAAAGAAGCCACUCUUGGCCCAGAAACAAGAGAGUUUACAACUUCUGCUCCAAACGCUAGCAAGGCAACCUCAUUCCCAACUGCAGUGAUAAACAGCACGUCGGCGCCAACAACUAUCCAGACUUUACUUCCCAUAAGUUCCUCUGACAACAGUACCUCUGCUUUUGCAGAUGUUUCUUGGACCCAGUUUAACAUCAUUAUUUUGACAGUUAUCAUCAUUGUUGUGGUCCUGCUCAUGGGCUUUGUGGGUGCUGUCUACAUGUACCGCGAGUAUCAAAACAGAAAACUGAACGCUCCUUUUUGGACCAUUGAACUCAAAGAGGACAACAUCAGUUUUAGCAGCUACCACGACAGCAUCCCCAACGCCGAUGUUUCGGGGCUGCUGGAAGACGACGGGAAUGAAGUGGCACCGAACGGACAGCUAACGCUGACAACUCCCAUGCACAAUUACAAGGCUUAGAAGAAGCAAUGCAGCUGUUCCAGAGUUGGCUUCAAGAAGUUCCAGGGCUUGUUGGAGGGGUGUCAGGAUCCGUGCCGAGGCUCCAUGCAGAGGAAUUUGCUCUUUGGAUACUCGUAUGCUGGGCAUGCUGUAGCUUGCAGGUGAACAGAAAAAAGGUGUAGUACGUCGGAAGCUGGGGUAAUACGGUGAGUUGCAUUGGGUGUCUUGUUCUCCGUAAAGACCCGCCGAGUUCACUGUUGUUAAAGACUUGAUUAUGCUGAUUUUAAAAUAUGUUAUUUAUGAAGAGGUGAUGGGGUGGCAAAAGCCAUCCCCCGGGAUUAAUCAGAAGCUACUGUAUUUCCAGCCAACCUAACACGCCUGCAUCCUUUAGCCUGAAAAGUAGCUUAUGAAUUAACAGUGGAUUUUCAGGAAACAGACCUUUGUGAAGGCUUCAUAUUAGUUCCUGAUAUGAAUUUGUUUGAAAAGAAGGACAAAAAAAAAAAAAAAAGGGAAAUGGUUGUUCACUGUACUACCAAGAGGCAAGUAGAGGAGUGAGUUGCACAAUUGAACAAAAGUCACCAUUGUCUGUUUCCACUAAGCUGGGAAACAGGAAAAAGUAUCACAAAAAUAUUGGAGUUAGGGAGGAGAGUAAGCUUUUCCCUUUCUGAGUAUUUAUACAGGGUGAUGAUGCUAUUAAAACAUAGCAAUCCGCUAUUUUUUUUCUAGAAGUUAAUGAACUUGUAUAGUUUCCGUGCAAGGGAAGAUGACAAGACAUCUCAGGGUUGCCGUGUAAAAAUAAAAGCUAGGCUUGAUACCCUACCCUGAUAGAAAUGGUGUGUUCUGUAUAUAAAAUGUAAUAUAUCUUCUUGGAAUUGUAUUUGUAAUUAUUUGUAAAAAAGACAACCAACCAAAAAAAACCAACAACAAAACCAUGGACCCCCUCCCCAACCUCCCCCGUUCCUCAAGUCAUAUUUUAUCAUCUAGAUUUUAAUUGUACAGCAGUUAGUGGCAUUGUCUGAAAAGAAAAACAAACCCUGAGGAUUGUUUAAAUACUGUAACUUAGAUGGCAAUAUUGUUGGAGCUGGGGCUCUGGCAAACACCCACUGCUUAAAGCUUUUCUUCUAGCUUGUCAUCGAAGAACUUUCUUUUCUAGAGCAAAUGUGAGUGCUCUCUACUUGCAUCUGUCACAUUUCCCCGUUCCUAUAAAUACAAAUAAACAGCCAGCGACACCACGAGUAGGGCCAUGGGGGUGGCAAAAGUCCGGUGUACCAUCUCGUUACUUGCUUUUACAUCGUUAUACGAGCUGCAAAUGCACCGUCAUGGGUGCACUGAGAGCCUGGUCUCAAUGACUGAGCUUUUCCUGUGUGGCUGCUCAUCACGUGGGGAUCUCACUGCUGUCCCUCCGUGCCCACACGGUGCUGGGGAGGGCUGGGUGCAGCCUCGUGGCCUCUCUCGAAGGCAAAAAUCUCCUGGAUUUGGGUGGAAAGAGUUUUCAGCUGCAGAGCUUGCAUGAGCUGAUCUGCACUUCAGGAAUGUCAUGUAGCACAAGGUGGUGGGAAUCAGCUGCCAAUAAACCUACAGGGGACUGUAGGUUUUAGAGAUUCCCCUAAUUUUUGGGGGGGGGGGGGGUGCAGAAGGAGAACAGCAAACGGGCAGCACAGUGCGGGGAGGUUGCUGCCACCCGCAGCGUGCGUGCCUCGGGGCCAGCACCGUGCCUGUGCCGGGGAACCACCGGGUCAGCCCC